UUUGCGAACGCGCCGUACGACGAGUCGACGUUCGACGUGGCUCCGCUGGCAGGUUUUUCGUCACAAGUGGUGCACGAUGAGGCUCGCAGGGAGGUUAUUCUGCCUGUUCCUCGUGUUCGCCGGCUCGAACGCCGGCGGACCGGUCCUCGUCCUGCUCGACAAUCUCGCGAUCAAGGAGACACACUCGAUAUUCUUCAAGAUGUUGCAGGACAGCGAUUACGCCUUGACGUUCAAGUCGGCUGACGACUCGACCCUGCAGCUCUCCAAGUACGGCGAGUAUCUGUACAAGCAUCUGAUCAUAUUCGCGCCCACGGUGGAGGAGUUUGGCGGCGCUCUGAGCGUGGACGCGAUAACGGAGUUCAUAGACGGCGGCGGGAACGUUCUGCUCGCCGGCUCCUCGCAGUCGGGCGACGCUUUGCACGAACUGGCCUCGGAGUGCGGCCUGGAGGUGGACGAGGAGGGCUCCACCGUCAUCGAUCACAUGAACUACGACGUUUCCGACAGCGGCCAGCACACCACUGUAGUGGCGGAUCCGGCGAAUCUGAUCGACGCCCCGGUCAUCGUCGGCAGCAAGGACAUACCCCCGUUGCUGUAUCAGGGAACCGGCCUGAUCGCGGACACGGAUAACCCAUUAAUCUUACGCUUAUUAUCGGCAUCCACCUCCGCGUACACCUAUUAUCCGGAUCAACCGGUCAAGGAGUAUCCGCACGGCGUUGGCAAGAAUACCUUGCUGAUAGCGGCUCUGCAGGCGAGAAACAACGCCCGAGUUUUGUUCUCGGGCUCGCUGUUUUUCUUCAGCGACGAGGCGUUCACCAGCCCGGUUCAAAAGGGACAAGGUGGCCAGAAAUACGACAAGUCCGGCAACCAGGUGGUGGCCAAGGCGAUGGCGCAGUGGGUGUUCAAGGAGAACGGCGUCAUACGCGUGUCGUCCGUUCACCACCAUCGGGUCGGCGAGACGCAGCCGCCGGCCGCGUACACGAUCAUGGACGACGUGGUGUACUCGAUCGAGGUCGAGCGGCUGUCGAACGGCAAGUGGGUGCCCUACGAGACGAACGAUCUGCAGCUGGAGUUCGUGCGGAUCGACCCGUUCGUGCGUAUGACGAUGAAGCCGGUGGGGAACGGCCGCUACGAGGGCAGGUUCAAGAUCCCCGACGUUUACGGGGUGUACCAGUUCAAGGUGGACUAUACGCGCAUCGGACUGACGCAUCUCUACAGCACCACGCAGGUCUCCGUGCGUCCGCUGCAGCACACGCAAUACGAACGCUUUAUACCGAGCGCCUUCCCGUAUUACAUAAGCGCCUUCUCCAUGAUGGCCGGCGUGUUCCUCUUCUCCCUCGUCUUACUCCACUACAAGGAGGACACGAAGCCCAAGUCCGAAUAACGUCCCGACGCUCGCGGACCUUGUCGUCGAGCCGAUCGGACGUUCUUUCUCAAAGGCUGCGGUAUCACUUCUUUUUCUUCUCGCGGAAAGUGUGAUACUAGUAUAGGAGAACUAAUAAGGGUAGAAAGUUGGAAUACUAUCUUAUUUAACGUCGUUUCACACCGCGGUGCGUGCGAUUCCCGAUAUCAACGCUGUUAAACGCAGCUCUCUAUGGAUAACGUGACGCUGUGUCGUAAAAAAAAAGUCGCAUUCCUGUACGUACAUGUUAAGAUUUUAUAAUGGUUCUUCGGGAGGAAGCAAAAAGGAAAAUCGAGGAAAUUCCCAUGCGGUUUACAUUUGUGUUCCCACAUUUCUUCAAGAAAUAGAGCACUGUAUAUAAAACCAUUGCAAUAGAUUCUAUGUAAGAUUGUACUAAGAGAUCGCCGAUGCUAAUCGGGACGAAUAAAUGCUAAAAAUUAUUAUAGUUAUUUGAUCUUGUUUGAGCCGGUAGGGUGAAUUCUUAUUUCACAAUUGCAGCUGUGUUCGACAUAUCUUCAAUACAUUUUGAAACGUACGUAGGCUCAGUGUAUAGUUGGAAUUUCACCGAAUUUAUAUGUUGAGAUAUUUGUAAGCUCUGUAAGAAUUAGAGAAUUUCGUCGAAUUUGUAUAUUUAAAAAUAUAUAAAUAAUUUGAGGACAA